GGUGAGAAGUUGGACACUGUUGUAUGCUAAACGGCCUUCCUAGUAGCCUCCAAUUGGUUUCGUUUGGAACUCUUUGAGGUUUUUAGUGUCUGACAACAUUCUGCGGAUAAAAAAAUGUCCUUUAGUGAACACAGAGGGCGCCCUUUCAUGGUUAAUCCAAACUGCACACCAGCCUUCUGUUGUCCUUUGGUGCGCGCGAGUGCGCUUUAUUCUGAGAUCGGACCCCACUGAGCCAGGAAUAACGAACACAUCCACGCGUUCAUACAUUUAGAUUGCAUUGUUGUCUGCAUCGAUGACGAGGACAGCUGCGAGCAGGGGAUACAGCAAUGCUGCACCCGCAAGACUACAGCUGGCAGACAGCUGCCCAUAGAUGCACAUAGCGUUGCAUUUUGACGCAGUCUCUUCGUUUUCACCGACGUCCCUGAGAGGCGAGCGCGAGAGGGAUAUGAAUCAACCAUAAAUGUGAAUGAAUCUAUCAGUUAAAUCACGACUCCAGAAGGAUAAAUAAACAUGGCGGCUUUUUGGCAUGUUAUUAUUUAACCACGCUUAAACAACAGCUUAAGGAUUCUUCAGGAUAUUCUCGUGCACUGGAAUGGAGUUUGCUGAUUAGAGUGCACGCGACUUGAUCAUGGGUUAUAAGAAGAUCACGGGAGCGGGCAUGGACCGCGUGAGCCAGCUGUGGCGUUUGCGUCGCCGUGCCCGCAGGGGGGCGCUGUGCAUGGGGCUCUUCUGCAUGACCAUGGCGGUGCUCUACACGCUCUGCGCCGAGAACAGCGUGCCUGUCACCGAUGCCAUCUUCGGGGAGCGCGCCAGGACCCGGGCCCAGCCCAGGGCACACUCGCUUGUCAAGGUGUUGCGAGGAGCCGGGUCCAAGCCCAUCUACGUGGACCCACAGAAGCUUCCCGGCGUGGUCCCGGGCGACCCCCGCCGUCCCAUCCCCGUGCUGUCCUCUCCCAACCACACCCAGGCCGAGGCUGAGCACCGGGACCAGCGAGACCACCACCCCCACCACCAGUCUCGAUCCAGCCACCACAACCACGACCACAAGGGCGGCCACACGGAUCAUGGCUUCCUUUCCUGGCUACCGCGGCCCUUCACACGCGCCAUCCAGACGCUGUUCGGAGGCCGCCGCAGAGGGGAGCUGUCCGGCUCUGGCCUCUCAGACCGCGAGUACUUCGGGCCCAACGGCACCCUGGGAGAGGUGUGGAACGACGAGAUGUCCAGCGCCAUGCUGGGCCAGCGGCUGAAGAAGGUGGUGCAGAACUACCAGGCGAUGAACAAAUACGGGGUGCAGUUCCCCAAGGGGUCCGCAGGGGGCGGCGGGUCGGGUCACCCCAAGCGCUCCGGGCCCGAGCUGCUGUGCCAGCUGAAGGAGACGGUUUCCAUGGCAACCCUCACCUCGGAGAUGGAGCCCUUCUCCCGCUUCACCUGGGCCCCGCAGCUGCCCCCCCAGCCCCUCGGCACCGAGGUCGGCCCCUUCAAGACCUGCGCUGUGGUCUCCUCCGCAGGGUCCAUGAAAAACUCUGGCCUGGGGAAAGAGAUAGAUGCCCAUGACGCAGUGGUGCGCUUUAAUGCGGCACCCACGGCCGGCUUCGAGAAAGACGUGGGCUCCAAAACAACCAUCCGCCUCAUUAACUCCCAGGUGAUGGCGUCGGAUGAUCAUCGCUUCCUGUCCAGCUCCUUAUACAGCACGGGGAUCCUAGUGGGGUGGGACCCCGCACCCUACUCUUCAGACCUCAGUGAGUGGUACAACAAGACGGACUACCCCAUAUUCCUGCAGUACCAGCGCUACCGCCGCCUGCACCCCCAGCAGCCCUUCUACAUCCUGCACCCACGCGCAGAGUGGCAGCUCUGGAACCGCAUCCAGGAGAACAUGGCAGAACCCAUCCAGAAGAACCCGCCCUCCUCUGGCCUCCUAGGCACAGUGCUGAUGAUGUCAAUGUGCGAGGUGGUGCACGUGUACGAGUUCCUGCCGUCGCGCCGCAAGACGGAGCUGUGCCACUACUACCAGCGCUUUGUGGACGCGGCCUGCACGCUCGGCGCCUACCACCCGCUGCUCUACGAGAAGAACCUGGUGAAGCGCAUGAACCAGGGCCACGACCGAGACAUCUACACCCACGGCCGCGUCACACUGCCCGGAUUCAGCACCUUCAACUGCUCCCAGGGCUCUCCUCCGGGAGCCUCAGCCGUGCACUGAAGUCCACACAAAUCGGAAUCGGAUGACAUGACAACGGAGGAUUCAUGAGGGAAAACAGAGCUCAAAAAUCGGAAGACGUGACAACAAGGAUGAUUUUAAGGGAGGCGGAGAAAGAAGAAAAUUCACUAACAAGUUGAAAUGAUGACCAACAUCGCUGAUCACCAGUCACUGCGCCAAAACAAAACAAUUCAUUUGCUUGAUACUUACUGUAUUCUAUGCUUACACGUCACCCUGCCUGGGUUUCAGCACCUUCAACUACUCCCAGAGCUUCUCGGGAGUUUCAGCCAUGUACUGAAGUCAACGCCAAUCAGGGCGAUAAAGGAUGAUUCAUCCUCUUCGUGCAGGUGGGCCAUUGACAGGCCUAUUCAUUCUUUCGCUCCACUACAUUGAUAUGACAUUACAGAGAGAAUCUUAAUUAACAGAAUAAGACUUGGUCAUUACAAUUGUGGUGACAAUAAGGUUAUAACAGAGGCUCUGCACGAAGGGACUAAGGGGUAAAAAACGCAAACAAAUUGAAAUGAUGACCAGCACCACUGAUCGCUUGGCCAAAACAAAACAAAAAUCAUUUGCCUGAUACUUACUGUAGUCUAUGCUUAGUGAACUCUCAUUAUUGACUGAAGAAGACUGAAAAGACUGAACAACACUGCCUGAUCACCACGUCACUGGAUAUGCAACAGCAUGUGCAAACCACUAGGGGGCGUAGCCCAGUCUGUUUAACUCCCAUGAAGAAAUCGUUUACGCCCCUAUGCACACGCACACACACACACACACACACACACACACACACACACACACACACACACACACACACACACACACACACACACACACACACACACACAUAGUCCCACAGGCACACUGCAGCUUUUUGUUGCUCACCUCAUUUCAGUAAAUGUCA